UGGCAAGAUCGUCAUUGCGUUCAGUUGGUAAAAGUGAAGCGUUUCGUGCGGUUGUCCCAACUUCUACUAUAUAACAUCUAUAUAUUCAGCAUCAGUUGGAUUUCUGUGCUGCCAUCGAGUUUUGGAAAUCCCGCUUGUGUUUUUCGUUUCAAUCGAAAGAAAUCCAAACAUGUCCGUGCUGCGAGCACUUCUGCUGCUGGCACUGAGCGCCACCAUGGCACUGGCCCAGCGUCGCCUGGCCCUGCCCGAUCCGAGGAGCUGCGCCAACCGGGUACGUCAUGCCACCUACCGCGAUGCCAGGGGCGUGGCCCACUCGUACUUCUUCAGCUGGGAGCAUGCACCCACCCGUAGUCUGGAGGUAGACUGGCUGGACGCGAGGAACAUCUGCCGCCGGCACUGCAUGGACGCCGUCUCCCUGGAGACGCCGCAGGAGAAUGACUUUGUCAAGCAGCGUAUUUCGCGGGGCAAUGUGAGGUAUAUCUGGACCUCGGGCAGGAAGUGCAACUUUGCCGGAUGCGACAGGCCCGAUCUGCAGCCACCCAAUGAGAACGGAUGGUUCUGGUCGGGAUCCGGAGCCAAGAUUGGACCCACCUCGCAGCGCAACACUGGCGACUGGUCGCACACGGGCGGAUACAACCAGGCCCAGCCCGACAACCGAGAGGCGGCCCAGGGCAACGACGAGAGUUGCCUGUCCAUUCUGAACAACUUCUACAACGAUGGCAUCAAGUGGCACGAUGUGGCAUGCCACCACAUCAAGCCAUUCGUCUGCGAGGACUCCGACGAGCUGCUGAACUUUGUCCGCUCCCGGAAUCCCAAUGUCCGCUUGUAAUUCUAAAUUAGCUUAAGCCUGAAGAGAUGAUUAAAAUUUACAUAUUUAUGUAGCCUUAAACGGAACAUUGAUUGGUUGAUUGAUUGAUUGAUUGAUUUGCUUGCCUCAUUGACUGUUCAAUCCCAAUAUUGAUGCCUUCCAGAACGCGCCUAACAUUCGUUUGUUCGGUUUCAAAAAGAAAAACAAAUUUUAAAUAAUAAUAACCUUUCCGCGCAAAGAUAAACAAAAUUGUUAAAUAAUUUUAAAAAUUGUUAAUAAAUGCGAAUUGAACCCAAA